AGAGAGAGAGUAUCGACGACAUUAACGCGCCACGAGAAGGGAUAGAAUUCGGUCUUCGGCUUCGUCCAUGCUCCUUUUCCCUUCGGUGUUGUCCACCAGCUUCGGAACUUUAAGAGCAGCGAUCUGUAGACGCGCGCGCCAUCCUUUAAGGUGGCUUAAAGGAUAUCUCGCGAGAGACCCAGGAUGCGACCUGGCCUCCGCGGUGCCGCCGGGGGAAUCAGACCCUUUGUCGGGAACAGGGAGAAAUGAAGUUAUCAGUGUCGGCUUACACAGCUCAGGCCAGUGCUCACAAAAAUCUCUGCAGCUAUCAGCAACAACGGAGCUACGGGGCCACCAAUCAGGCAUCCACGGCCCGGACCCCCUCAGACCUCGCGACGGUCCUUCCUGCCUUCAAGGUGGAUCGGGGAGAAAAGGAGGAGGGACAGGGAGAGGGUGGUCUGGCGCCGUCCUCAGCAGGUUGCAGCGGUGCUUCCGGUUCGAGGAUGGGCCCCGGGCCCGAUUCCGGCAGCAGCGCUCCCUCUUCGGUACCCCAGUCGUUGGCUACCUCAAGGGACGACGAGGACGACGAAGACGAGGAGAGCAGCGGAAGGCGGUCCAAUGGUCACGGAGGAUCGAGAACGAAGAGCAAUCAGCGGUGGAUGAAACUGCGCACGACGGUACAGCUGUCCUCGGCGAUCUCCACGAUACAGAAGAAGCCGCCGCUCAAACGCGAGGACUCGUUCCUCAAGAGGUUCUCCACCAGGCAAAUACCGGAGAGCCAGGAGACCCUCGACACCGGCGAGGGUGAAGGUGACGCGACCGACGACAAGGAGGCCGGCGGCGGCCGGCGUCGGCGACGGCCCCGGAAACCCCAGAAACCGCCCAAGACCGUGGUGAAUCCGGACGAGAACUUCUAUUAUUACUGGCUGAUGCUGCUGUCGGCCUGUGUGCUUUACAACCUGUGGACGCUGAUCGUACGUCAGAGUCUGCCGGAACUGCAGGAGCUGGCGCCGGCCACUUGGCUCGCCUGCGACAGCUUCACUGAUCUCGUGUUCUUUCUGGAUGUGGCGGUACAAUUCCGCACCGGUUAUCUCGAACAAGGCCUGAUGGUGUACAACAGUCGGAAAUUGGCCGGGCACUAUCUCAAGUCCAAGUCGUUUGUGCUCGAUCUGCUGGCGCUGCUGCCGCUCGACGUGCUGCAGGUGAAUCUCGGCAUUAACCCGAUGCUGAGGUUCCCGCGUUUCCUCAAGAUCUACCGCGUCUAUAACUAUUACUACAUGGUGGAGUCGCGUACCGUCUACCCGAACCUGUGGCGUGUGCUGAACCUCAUUCAUAUAUUGCUCAUACUGGCCCACUGGUUCGGCUGCUUUUACUACUUACUGAGCGAGACCGAGGGCUUUCAGGGUGACUGGGUGUAUCCGUACCGGCCCGGCGAGUACGCCACUUUGACCAGGAAGUACUUAGGCUCCCUCUACUGGUCCACAUUGACGCUGACCACCAUUGGCGACCUGCCUACGCCGGAAACCAACGCCGAGUACGUCUUCACGAUAGUCAGCUACUUGAUCGGCGUCUUCAUAUUCGCAACCAUCGUUGGCCAGGUCGGCAAUGUCAUCACCAACAGGAACGCGAAUCGUCUCGAGUUUGAGCGGCUCUUGGACGGCGCCAAGACUUAUAUGAGGCAUCACAAAGUGCCCGGUGGUAUGAAACGACGGGUGCUCAGAUGGUAUGACUACAGCUGGUCGCGUGGCAGGAUCCAGGGUGGCGGUGACAUCAAUACCGCCCUCGGUCUACUACCGGACAAGCUGAAAACCGAAUUGGCGUUACACGUGAACCUCUCGGUGCUUAAGAAGGUCACCAUUUUCCAGGAAUGCCAGCCAGAAUUUCUGCACGAUCUUGUGUUGAAAAUGAAAGCCUAUAUUUUCACCCCCGGUGAUUCGAUAUGUCGGAAGGGAGAAGUCGCCCGUGAGAUGUUCAUAAUAGCUGACGGUAUUCUGGAGGUGAUCAGCGAAACUGGUCGGGUUCUUACGACAAUGAAGGCCGGAGACUUUUUCGGCGAGAUUGGUAUACUGAAUUUGGACGGGUUGAAUAAACGUACGGCUGACGUUCGCUCGGUGGGUUAUUCCGAGCUAUUCAGUCUAUCCCGAGAGGAUGUUCUGGCCGCGAUGAAGGACUAUCCAGAAGCGCAGGAGAUCCUGCAGAAUCUCGGCCGGAAACGGCUGAUGGAGGCGCAAAGAGUGGCGCGGGCGUCACGUCAGCCUACAUCUCCCAGCCACGACUCCUCUGACAACAGCACCGGUAAGCGGAUCGUUGACAAACUGAAGAGCGACGUGAAAGGCCUGAAAAACGUGCUGCGAAAGAGUAGGCGCAACACAAGACCCGAGGAGAGCCUGGAGCUGCAGCCUCUGGCGCCGAAAUUCCCAGCUCUGAAGAGGCAGCAGAAAGUCGACGACAGCCAGGAUCUGUGCUUGCCAAAUAGUCAAGAGCCACCGGUGUCGCCGUUGGGCGCCGGAUUGCCUCUGUUGUCCAGGCUCAGGUUGCUGAAGGAAAAGGAAGAGAGGGAGGAACGGCGCAACCUGAUGGACACGUCAAGCCACGCGGCAGAUCCGCAACCGCUGCCACCUACGGAGGCCUUGAAUCCCACCAAUCCAAACCUACCGUUCCUGCAGAGGAUACUCUUGCUGAAGGCGAAGAACGAACAGGAGGUCCAAGUGGAGAAAGAAGCGCCCACCAAGGAACCCCUGCUUCCUAAGAACACCAUCCCCGAGGAGACCUCGCAGAACGAUGAAGAACAGUCCUCGUCGGGUAGUCAGGCCGUCGCGACCAUAACUUCGGAGGUCGAGACACGAGCACCCGCCGCGACAAACGCCAAGAAACCUUGGGCCAUGCUGAAGAACGCAUCCUUGACCGUGAAAGACAAUUCACCGCAGAAGAGUCCGCCGGCGAGAAAAUUGCAACAGACCAAGAUGUACGCCUCCGUGGACGACUUGUCACCGGAGUACUGCGGCUUGCCUUUCGUCAAGAAACUCAAGAUCCUUAACGAGAGGCAGAAGCUGGCGGAGCUGGAGAAGGCGGUGAGGAGCUCGUCGCUUGAUUGCGGAGAAAACGCCGAGGCAGAGUUCGACGGUAACCUCACGAGGAGUCACUCGGAGGCGUGUGCUAUCGAGUAUGCCAGGAAAUUGGCCAAGUUUAAUCAAGAUCGGCAAGCAACGAUGUCGUCAAUGGAGCAACUGUCGCCGGAGAAUGAGACGCUGGAGAGGCGGAAUCUGAAGAGCAUCCUGAAAAAGCUGUCGGCCAGCAGUAGGGCUGGCAGCUCGGAGACCUCGGUGACCAGUACGCCGGAUCGCGAGGCUGUUACCGCUGAGCUGAAAAGGCUGAUGAGAGCGCCGACGAUCGAGGGCUACGCCGCACGGCAUUCGAAGCUGUCCAAGAGCGUAACCUUCAACAAGUACACGCUACAGAGCCCGCCAUCCGAGCAGGCGAUCCUGCAGCCCAAUUAUCCGCUGUCCGAGGACCAGUCGCCACUGCCGCCGCCCAAUAAACUCAGUUUCCGUCCUGUAGGCAGUGUCGGCAUCCUGCAAAUGGUGCCGAGGGAGGAGGAUUGCCUGGACGAGCUGCUCUCUGGAAUCAGCGAGGUCAUUAAGGCGGGCUUGGAAAAUAUGCAGAUUAAGUUCGAGCAGCAGUUCACGUCACUGGAGCUGGAGGUCCGUAAGCGCGAUGAGAUAAUAUCGCAGCUGCAGGCGCGGAUCCAGGAGUUAGAGCGACGGGAUGCGCCCGACGGCGGCGACGACGAUUCAGGCGGCGACAGCACCGAGCACGAUGCCUCGUUGGAGGAGGACCUUGACGACGAUUGCGAGGACCAUCCGUUUAUGCGGGACAGUUCCGUGGACACCGUCCUUACCACCCGAUCACAGGACCACCACUCGUCCUCGUCGCUGGGUUCGAAUUCACGCGAUAAAAGGUCGUGGGAGGAGCACUCGGAGAGGGAAACUCUGGAGCUGCAGGAGUUACCGAACUCGAUAGUGCCACAGAAACUGUCAUCGCAAGAAGACGUAGCGAUCGAUUUGGAAUCGGACAGCGACAGCAGGUCGGACGAGUCGUUCGACGCUCGUCGGAGUCGCAAGGACGACAGUGAAAAGGAUGACAGGGAAGAUGAUGAAGAGGGGGAGGAAGAGAACGAGGAUGCUGACGAAGACGACGACGACGAUGAUGACGACGACGAAUUAGACGACGACAAAAUCGUGCGACAGGAUGGCUACAACAACUGGGAAGUCGCCCUAUUGGCGAAACAGCUCGAGGCGAGAAGAAGAAGCGGUGACAAUGCCGGUAGCCCAGGUUCCUAGCGCAUUAACGAAAUUCUAGAAAUAUUAUGUUACCUCACGAACACGAUACGCUCCGACGGUUGGUGCAACCCAUUAACUGGGCAUGGUAGUGCAGCUUUUUGCGAACACGAUCAUUGCCCGUCAUCGUAUUCGCAAUUAGACUUCGAUAGUAUGACUAGCCGUAGCGAGACUAUGAUGUAGUCUGGUCGCAGGGUAAGCCAAAUAGAGUACGGAUGCGCGGCCGUUGAUAUCGGAUACUCUUUUUUCGGUAUCACAAUCGUCAGAAACGGAAUCUCGCGAGUUUUUACAGAAUAAUGUUAAAGCGAACCUUUCACUAUUACUACUACUUCUACUACCACUACUGUUAACACGUUCGCUACCAGGGUCUGAGAAGAAAACCUUGCAGUCCAGGGUAUUUUUUGUUAGAAUAUGUCCUCAAUUGACACGGGUCUUUUUAGAAUAUAUUUAUAACAUAAAAAUGUAAUUAUCUCUAGACCAAGGACAUUCUACAUCUGUUUUAUUGUUUUUUACUUCAACAAUACUGUUCAUUUCCAAAUUUAUCGUAAUACGUUAUCAUAAACUGAUAAAGAACACGCACCGCACGGCGGUGGUAGCGAACAUGUUAAUUACUAUUAUCGCUGCUAUUACUAGUAUUACCCACACUACGCUUAUUAUUGUUUUUCUUCAAAUGCCAUUUCGAUUGAUACGUUCCUUUUCUUUCUUUCUACCUUAUUUAUAACUUGUCUUUGUAUCCCGUAGCAACGUUGCCGCAGAGAUAUACUAAAGAUGUGUGUACUUUUAUACAUUUCUUCGACCUGUUUAUUUUCGUUUACGCGCUCGUUUGUUGAUUAUGUUAUUUGCAGAUACCUUCGUUCGCAGAGAUGACCACCAGCUCGAAUUGCUUCGUAUCUUGCAAAUACACAUUUGUUGAAUUGUAAAUAAUUCACAGGUGCCUGAGGAAAUAUUAUACUUGAAAUAUGCAGAAUUUAUAUACAAGGUGUCCCAAACCGUUCUCGGUUCCUGCGGUGUGCAGGUAAAACGGGUGAAACUGAGUAAAAAAGUACCACUUUGCAAAAUUCGCAAUAGUUAAUGAGGAAUUAAGUAUUUUAUCUGAACUAAUGAACGCACUGGAAGCGGUAAGCCAGAUUCUGUAUAUAAAAAAAUGGCUUAUUUCUGAAGACCUCCUAGCAACGAUGAGUACCAACUGAUAGUGAGAGACGUGUUUCUUUUCAGUGCACAGUUCUGUGUUACAUGCCGCUCGCUAUUUUACUCCGCCUUUAAAAAUCAGUUAAUGCUCAUCGUUGCUAGGAGAUCUUCAGAAGCAAGCUAUUUUUCUUCAUACAGUGUCCGGUUUACCCGUGUGUUCACGUUGACAAUAAUUAACUUUUCACUAACUAUUGCGAAUUUUGCAAAAUGGUACAUAAUUUUUCCGUACAGUUUUACCCGUCCUAUCUGCACACCACGGGAACUGAGAACGGUUCGGGACACCUUGUAUAAACAUCCUAAUUGAACGUACAAGAUAGAAUAGACAUGUACCAACAGCAAGGUUGCAAUCUAGAGGGAGUUUCUUAAUGAUAAAUUAGAAGCCUUUUCGGAUGAAAAUUGAAAACUAAGCUAAAAUGUCAACAAUAAUAUCCAAACUAUCUAUUAGAUUCCAUGCUGUCGAUUCACCGGAUUCACGUGUAUCAUUUGUUAGCAACGUGUGUAUGCGUAUAUUCUCUUUUCAAAUGUAAAAUCGAUACACUAAAUUUCUUCAAGAAUACAAUCAUGCUACUGGUAUAUACAUGUAUAUCUUACAUUUGUUCCAAUAUUCUUUAAAUUAAUGUAAAACUUUUUACAAUUAUUUUAUCGAUCUCCACAUGUUUAUUACUAUUAUUAAUAUAAUCAAGUCUUUACAAUUGCGCAAGUUAGCGUUCGAGCCACUGAAGAACAUGGUAAUUAUUAGGUUAUCCGUAGAGUUCUGAGAAUUAUUGAGGCACUGAAAUCAAAAUUUAUUGGCACCGUUCCAUCAAUAAUUAAUCUAUCACGUAUUGUCCAUUUUGAUCUAUUACUUUUUGCCAUCUCUCCGGCAAAAAGAGAAAAUUCCAUACUCGUAGAAUGACUUGGACCUUCCUCGAAAAAUGCAGUUAGGUAGAUUUUUUACUUCUUCCAAUAAAUUAUUUUCUACCUCUCAAGGAGUGCUGUAAUGUCCGGAACAAGUGACAGAAGAGACGAUGUGGUAAAUAUAGUCCCAUCCAUAUUUAAUGAGUGUUCUGCUAAUAAAACAUGUGGCCUCGCAUUAUCAUGCUGAGAGAUGACGCUUUUUCUAUUCACUAGUUCUGGGUGGCAAGGGUUUCCUUCAGAUCAGCUAGUUGAGCGUAGUAUUUGUCAGAAUCAAUCGUGUGGUUCUCUGGAAGGAAUUCAAAGUGGACAACACCCUUGCGACUCAGAUGCAAAGCAUUCUUUGGGUGCAGCCUCCUCCUGUAAAGUCAUUUGCGGAGGUUCAAUCGAUUUUUCCUAUGAUCGUGUCCUUGUCACACUACGGUAAAAUACUCAUUUUUCGUCGUCAACUGUCAUCAACUGCUUCAAAAAAGGCUUCUUGGAAUUUUUUCUUAAGAGUGCGUCACACUCGUCAACACAAGCGAAGUUGUGUUCGGUCAAUGUGUGAAGAAUUCAAGCAUCGAAGUGACUUCAUAACUCAUACGUCUCAAAUGCUUAUGGAGCGUACCCUUGGGAAAGUUGAGGUUCUGUGAGAGUUCCAGCACUUUUCUGCGGGUUUUCAUUGACUGCUUGCUUCAGAUGGCCUUCGAGUAGCGUGGAAGGUCUUCCAGAUUAUUACGAAAUCGCAUGAUUCAUUGGCUGUUCGAUAUGACACAGCAUUUUUCGCGUAAACGUCGCAAGUCUAGUCUUCAUCGCGAUGUUUCUCUUCCGAAAGCAAAAAAAGCGUUGCACAAAUGAAGCUUUCGACUGUUUAUAUUCGCGACUAACAUCGCCUACUCUGUUGGUCAACAUUAGAUCUGCACUUGAAAGAGGAAAGCGCCCACUUUCAAAUGAGCCAUCAGUCUCGGCCCUGCCGAGCAAUUGGUCUCAAGCGCGUCAAAUAGUAAGAAUUCUCAGAAAUUUUCGGAUAAUCCAAUAUAAUUUUAAAAUGAGAAUAUUUUUGGUUUUUCCGGUAAUUUUACUCGGUGGUUAAUUUAUAUUAAUUUCAAACACACCAGGCUUAGAAACUCUUGUCCCGUCAUUGAAAUCGUAUCGGAUUAUGAGAAGCGAUAUAUCUUAUGUGAUUAAAUUUUAUAGUGUAUAUAGAGAUAAAUUAAUUUUAUUUAUGCACUAUCACUUAAUAUUUAGAGGAACAGUACUUGUGAGAUGUAUCGAAAAAAUGUCCCUCUUUAUUUCUAACAAUUUUAAAUUAAUUUCAUCACUGAGAUAUUAAUUAAGUGUAAUUUUAAUUUUUCCUUAAGGGGAUAUGCUACAGUAAAGACACAGAAAAGUCCUUAUUUUAAAAUUAACAUUGACAAAAUCAUGAGAAAAGAGGUUAGAAAAGAAGGUUCCGUAUUAAAUUAAUUUUGCGACUAUUUAUUGAUUGUUCGAGUAAAAGGAAAGUGGAACUGGGUGAGGCUUGGAAUUAGGCCCGACAGAUCGACCGGUCAGUGUGCAUUCCAGUCCAUUGCUCGCUUUCACUAUACUCAUACAACUCGGAAAGUACUUCGAAUUUUAUUAAAAUCUUUUAAGAACACACACUUCUAAGAUAUGAAUUUUUCGAAAAAUGUAAAAAAGAAAAAUCGAUUUAUUAAAAAUGUUACUGUAACACCCUUAACGUCAAGUUUAUCAUGGAUUUUAAUUCAAUUUCGUUAGAAAUAUAAGAAACAAAUGUAGAAUAUAUUAUAUUUAUACCAAAGAGAAACAAUCAAAAUGUGAAAAUGCUUCGAUACAUUUCAUUAAUUUACUCUUUAUCGGAUAUGAUUGAUAUGCAAAAAAAAAAUAAUUUAGCUCGACAUAUAAUGUAAGAAACAAAUUCGUAUAAUUUCUUGUCAUUCUGCAUCAUAAAAAGUACAAUGGCGAAUCAGGAGCCUUAAUUUUGUUCGAGUGUUAUCCUUCCUCUUAUUACGUAGAGUUCAUUCAUUCAAUCAUAUUCUUAAAAAGCUGCACCACGAACGAACGAAGAUAUUAAUCGGUUGUAUGAAGCGUGGACGAAUAAAUAAUGUUAGAAAAGGGAAAAACAGUGAAAGAUAAACAGAGAGAGAGAGAGAGAGAGAGAGAGAGAGAGAUAAUAAAUAUAAAUUUGAAUCGACAAAACUUAAUGAGAAUAUAUUACGUACACUGACCAGACCAAGCUCAAUAUUUCUAGAGUCUUUACAAAAUAUGUCUACUAAGUGACAAAUGACUAUUAAGGUAAUGAAAGAGAAUUAUUAAGAUCUUGUACAUAUUAUAUAGCCUAUAAUUUAUUUAUCUAUGAGCGAAAAUGUGUGUGUAUGUGUGUAUGUGGACAAGUGAGUGCGAGAGAGUAGAACUACGGAGAAAGAAGUAGGAGAUACGAGUAUAGAGAAGUUAGUGCAAGAAUGAAUUUCACCGAACUACAAGAAGAGAAAGCAUUUUAGACGCUGAUAUGUACCUAUACGGAAGAAAGGAAUAUACAAUAAAGCAAAUGUUUUCAAACGUUGCGAUUAUUUUCUAAGAAUACGUUCUUCCUUCUUGCCUAUCCUUUUUGCCUAAGGAUAUUUGAACACUUCUUGAAACGUUGCGCAAUUGUCUUGCUAUAUUCACUUAUAUCAUCACAGGAAUAUCUUGAUUUUGAUAUGGAUCUUGGAAUUGUUGACAGUUUCUUUAAUAUAUCGGGUUGACGAGGCAGUCUUAGAUUUUAGUUUGAUGGAUGUAAUUCAGCCAAAGUAUCACUCAUAUGUAUAUACAUGGGUUUUUAGCACAUUAUUAAAUAUUUUUUCUAAUAAUAUAAUUAAAUAAUAAUAUAAAAUAAAUUAUGUAUAAGAGUAAUUAAUAAUUCUAAUCGAAUUCCUAUUUUUACCUUACGUCAAGUCAGGUAGAGUUUGCCGAACGUAAAGUCCGUAUUCACACUUGGGAUUAUACUUGAGAAUCGAUUACAGAUAUUUAGGUUUUAGCCAGCUUUCACUGUGAGGUAACAUCCUACGUGCGGCAUGCAUGACACUGCUUUUCACUUCAACUAAUCGAUGCUGCACAUAUAGUACGCUACCUCUCUGUGAAAGCAGAUUGAAAGGCUAGCUUACACCGAUUCUCAGGUAGAAUCCCGAUUAUGAAUGCGGGACACGAACGAUUGUGUCGACGGGUUCCAAUUCUGCUACAUUUUUGCCUUCAACAGAUGAUACUGCAGAUUGCAUUCAAUAUUUGUCGUUUUUUUGGUGUCGUAUCAUGUACAUGUGCAGGUCAUACUUGUUUAUGCCGCGUUUCUGUAACGUCGUAACGGCACGAUAUGCUCGAGUUUUGUUGCAUUUGUACCGUCACGUCCUGACGGUACGAUAUCCUUGAAUUCUGUUCCAUUUCUGUUACAUUGUGUUAGCAGACAAUAUUUGUAGAAAUUAAACUUAAUGCGGCCGCAGUGGAUCAGAAUCUGUCCCAAAUGCGUGAUUUUGGAUCUGUUGGCACUAUGCACUGUUAUCAUUUGGCUAUCAUAAAUGCUAGCAUAAUGUUGUCAUUUGGCUAUCUGGAUAUAUGUUAAUAUUCCGAAUAUUAUUAUAAACUAUAUAUAUUAUAACUGUAAUAUAAAUA